CGGAGCUGGUCUCCGGCCGGGCACCGUCGCGGGCCCCCCUGGCCCGGCCACCUGGGACUGUGCUGUGUAGUCGGCCACCUCCCUCUCUCCCCUCGCCCGCAAAGUUUGUGGCGAAGCCGGUGCAGGGGUAGAGCACGCCCCCGGGGGAGAUCGGGGAGUGCCGGAUGCCGGGCGGCAGGAGCCGUUGACCCGGGACGCCGCCGUCCGGGGCAGGAGCGCGGAGCAGCCGACCAGCCCGCCGCCUCCGGUGCAUGGGGCCCGGCUGAGGAGCCAGCAUGGGCAACUGCGUGGGGAGACAGCGCCGGGAGAGGCCGACCGCCCCAGGACACCCCCGCAAGCGAGCAGACUAUUUUCAUCACAGCAGCCAGAGAGAUGCUGUAAACUCCUGAAAGGACCAGCAUGCAGGGUGAAGAACUUUUAAGCCCUUGUGUCUUGGGUGAUGGAGAUGCAGUUAAUACUUGGGGAGGCUCACCGGCACCGUGUCCAUCCUGGGGACGCAACGAGCCCCUGAAGAAGGAGCGGCUGAAGUGGAAGAGCGACUACCCAAUGACCGAUGGGCAGCUGCGGAGCAAGAGGGACGAGUUCUGGGACACGGCGCCCGCCUUCGAGGGCCGCAAGGAGAUCUGGGACGCCCUCAAGGCUGCUGCCUACGCAGCCGAGGCCAACGACCACGAGCUGGCUCAGGCUAUCCUGGACGGAGCCAGCAUCACCUUGCCUCAUGGCACCCUCUGUGAAUGCUACGAUGAGCUGGGCAAUCGCUACCAGCUGCCCAUCUACUGUCUGUCGCCACCCGUGAACCUGCUUCUGGAGCACACUGAGGAGGAGAGCCUGGAGCCCCCAGAGCCCACCCCCAGCGUGCGCCGAGAGUUCCCGCUGAAGGUACGCCUCUCCACAGGCAAGGACGUGAGGCUCAGCGCCAGCCUGCCUGACACGGUGGGGCAGCUCAAGAGGCAGCUGCACACCCAGGAGGGCAUCGAGCCAUCCUGGCAGCGAUGGUUCUUCUCUGGAAAGCUGCUCACAGAUCGCACGCGGCUCCAGGAAACUAAGAUCCAGAAAGAUUUUGUCAUCCAGGUCAUCAUUAACCAGCCCCCGCCGCCCCAGGACUGAGGAGCCCACGGACCCCUGGGCAGAGAGACCAGGGAAGGCCUCUGCAGGGCUGAGAGGCCUCCCGGCUGGAGCACUAGUCACCCCCACCCUGCCGCUGCCUUUGAGAGCCAUUCUUUUCUCCAGGGGAGCCUCCCGUGUAUGGCUGCCGGGUGAGCCCUGAGGGGACCCUGCUUCCCAGGGACUCCAUGGGCCACCAGUGCCCAGCACCCAGGAAGCAGUGUGCUGCCACACACAGGCCUUGCCAAUCUUGUCAGAGAAAAGGCAAACCAGGGCCCUCCACCCUGCCUCUCUCCCGCGGCAGGUUCAAGCCAUGAGGGCCAGCCCGGAGGCCCCUGGAGCCCAGAUCUGUCAUCUGGGGCUGCCAGCUGUGCUCACUCCGGUUUUCUGCUCAGGGUCUGAAGCAGCUGCUGUCUCCCUUCCUUGCCCCUACCCCCUGACUCUGCCCUGGCCCCAGUGCCAGCCCCCCAGAGGGGAGGGGACCACUCGUGAGCCCCGGGGGUGGGGAGCCUGAGGCCGGCCUCUGCCUCUCCCAGCCCCCAGCACAGCUGGUAGAGAUGAGGUGGUGGCCGAUGGCUGGGCUGUCGUGGCAGAGGCCUGCACAGGGCCAUCUCCUGGCUGUAACCCCGGCAGUGGGGGUUCCGCAGCCCGCUCACGGCCCCGCAGCAGGUCCCUGUGUGCAGACACGUCUGCAUAUUUAUCAAUAAAGCCUUUUGCUCCUU